AUGCUGGUAGAGGAGGCCCUCACCGGAACUAGGCCCUUAACCGUUCCUUGUCCGAAGACCCAGAGUAAUCAUUGUACCCACCCCACAAAGACUGCAUUAAUACGCUGUCAACUCAGUGAUGAACAGUUGGAUGAAAUUGAACAGCUCAUUACAGCUUCCAAAGUCAAUCAUCAAAUGUCAUAUAAAGAACUCAUUGUUGUUCUUCAUCUUGAGAUCAAUGAGAAUUGUCCCGGGGAAAAAAAGGAAAAGGAAUCAGAAGAUGAAGGUCGUACAAGAGGGUUCUUAUUGAAGAAGGAUUGGAAUGGAAGAAUAUCAGAGAUCGUGCUCUGGUGGAGCGUGGUGUGGAAGAGCGCUGGGGGUUACGCGAUUGUGGGGGUGGAACUGCAAGGGGAGAACUUUCAUGGGCGCGCGUGGUCACGUGACCGGCGAUGCUAA